CCGCCGCUGUCCCGCAUCGCACUCCCGCCCGCACCCUGGUCUAUUCCUGGUGUAGCCCGUGCACGUAAUCCUCGUCACCACUCUCACUUCUCUCAUCUUUUGCUCUAGCCGGCUUGACCCCCGACACCGACUACACCAACAUCACCCACUACACCCAUCCAGACGCCCCUUUUCGCUCGCAUACCGCUCAAAUGGACCCAGGUCCUGCCUCCCCUGGCCUCUCCGAUGGCCCUCCGCGCGCUCGCUCGCGGGGAAUCUCCUUCCGCAGUGACCACAGCACUGGCUCGGGCUCCAAGGCCGUCGAUUCGCCGCGAGAAAAAGCACAGAAGGGUUUGUGGCAGGGAUCGACCAAGGCCAACCCAAUGGUCGCCAUGAAUGAAGCUCAGCCAGGUGUCAUGGCCGCAACCGAGCAAUCUACUAUGCAAAGCCUUCGUGAGAGUCAACACAAAGAUACAUAUGGCAAUAUCAUUGCCGACCCGGAUCGAUCAAACCCCACGCGCCCCCGUCUGGAGCGACCUCUAGACACCAUACGAUCGUUUGAGAAGGCUAUUGAUGAAGGGUACAAGAGGAGGAACUCGUACAUGAAGCAAGACUCGGAGACGUGGGACAAAGACAAUCAAUUUGCUAGCAGGCGGAGCAGCUUCUUCGGUGGUGCUGGUGCUGGUGGCUAUGACAACAGCCAAGGCGCACAUCGCCCAGGCCCGGGGAGCGCCGCGGGCGGCUACUACGGCAGCCAGAGCUACAAUGGCCACCCCAGGGCGCGAUACGGGGCCAGCCGCAUGCAAUCCGACUCCCAGAUCUACGCUGGUCAGCGCCCGUACCCCCAACACGGCUACCACCAAUCCCACGACACCGUCAACACCGGCUUCACCAACGGAUCCGACAGCACCGGCCCCUGGGCCAACAGCACCGACCCGAGCAGCGAGAACAGCUCGAUCGACAAGGGCCACCCCAUGAACAAGCCGUCCACGCCCAUGGACGGCUACAACCAGUACGGUGCCAACGGCUACCACGAUGCCAUCAUGGAAGAGCAAGGCGGGCCCGGCCCACAAGACCAGUACCACCACGACUACAAGAACGGCCCGUCGCCGAGCCACAACGGAGGCGGCUAUUACGGCCAGCAGCAACAGCAGCAGCAUCAGAACGGCUACGGCCGGCCGAUGGGCGGCCCUGCCCCGCCUGUGCAGCCCCCGACGCAAGCUCGACGUCCUAUUCAGCUCGGCGGAACACCCUCGGGCAACGGCGACAACGGCUACGGCCGUCCGCCUGCCAACUUGCCCCCCAUGCCGCGCCAGGCGCCCGAGCCGGAGAAGAAGGGCUGGCUUAAGCGUCGCUUCAGCAAGAAAGUCUAGGAGGCGAUAUUCUCUUGAUGGAACGGCGGUCGCUUUUUGUCUCACACUUCGGUGAUGCUUUCCUACGCAUGCGGCGUCGAAAUGGUGGUUGGAGACGGGCGGUAUACGGCUGAGCGCAUUGCACAUACCAUUAAUGAGUACGCCUGUGAGAGGCGGAUAUUAGGUGCAAUAAUUCACGAGAGGGGUGGGAGGAGCAAAGACCAUGCUGCUCACCGACUGCUU